GUUCAGACAGGUUUUUCCUCGUUUUGAAAUCAGGUUGGACAGCUUUGAGUUGUGAAGACUUGUGUUCAAAUUGUUGCAUUGAUGAUGUUCUACAGUCCAGAGAGCAGUGAUGAAAUGGAAGCUGAUGGUGGUGCCAUGGGAGGAGCAGAGGACUCAGACCUAUACCAGACUGAAGACGAAUGUUGUACUGAACAAACCCAGAAAUGUGACACUGAAACUACUGAAGAAACUGAAGAUGAUUGUCCUGAGGACCCAAGACACCCAGGUAUCACCAGCGGCCUGGUUAAAGGAGCUCUCUCGGUUGCUGCGUCAGCUUACAAAGCUCUGUUCACUGGACAAGGACCCACACAGCCUCCCGUGGAUGCGUCCACCCAAGACACCAUGAUGGCGGUGCUGGUGGAGAUGGGUUUUGGGGAUCGACCGCUCAACCAGAAAUUGCUGAAGAAACACAACUUCAACCUGCUGGACGUGGUCAACGAGCUUGUCCAACUUACCGACAAUGACUGGUACGCCACUCGUUACUGACAUCAGCGUGAAGAUGUGACAAUGGCAAAAGUGGCACAGAAUAUGGAUGGAAUCGGAGGAAACACUGCGGGGAGGCUUUGACCAUAUAAGGAAACAUUCCAGUGGGCUCUGGGACAAGUCACAUGUUCACUACAUGUAGUCUUUAAGGUGACAGGCCGGUCGCUUCAUUUAACAACGAAAACAAAGGAGCUGCAUUGAGCAUUUUGAAUGUCUCACAUUCCAACAUUUUAAGUCAUCCCACUGCACCUGCCAAAGUGGGCGUCGGCACUUUGUCACCAUUCAGCCUAAUGGGAUUUGCUUCAUUACGUCACUCAUUCAUUCACUUAUUUUAUUUUAAAUACUAGUAAUCCAAAUUAUUACAAAAAACGGGAACGACCAGAUGCUACUCCACCAGUUUCGUUAUUAUUAUUUUAUAACGAAGCACGAUGGAGCACUUUUGAACACUUCUGCCCAUCACUCAGAAAGGCAGGUGUAUUUUAAUCCAAAUGAAAGUGCACGUGUGUCACAGCCGCCCAUCAACCAACAUCAGCAAAGUGCAUCCAGACAUGUUUCACACAUCAA